UCAGCUGACUGUCACAUGGUCCGGUCAGCUGAUGCUAAAGCUAACCAGCCGAGCGGACGGUUCUUCUCCAGAGACUGGGCUCACGGUCGGACAGGAUGCCUUUCUCCGAGCUGUACUUUAACGUCGAUAACGGCUACCUGGAGGGGCUGGUUAGAGGAUUUAAGGCUGGAAUUCUGUCCCAGGCGGAUUAUUUGAACCUCGUUCAGUGUGAGACUCUGGAAGACCUGAAGCUCCACCUGCAGAGCACAGACUAUGGCAGCUUCCUGGCAAACGAGGCUUCUCCUCUCACCGUGUCGGUCAUCGACGACAAGCUGAAGGAGAAGAUGGUGGUGGAGUUUCGCCACAUGAGGAACCAGUCGUACGAGCCGUUGGCCAGCUUCAUGGACUUCAUCACGUACAGCUACAUGAUCGAUAACGUCAUCCUGCUGAUCACCGGCACUCUGCACCAGCGGGCCAUCUCUGAGCUGGUGCCCAAGUGUCACCCACUGGGCAGCUUUGAGCAGAUGGAGGCGGUCAACAUCGCCCAGACCCCCGCUGAGCUGUAUAACGCCAUCCUGGUGGACACACCCCUCGCUGCUUUCUUCCAGGACUGCAUAUCUGAACAGGACUUGGAUGAGAUGAACAUUGAAAUCAUUCGUAACACGCUUUACAAGGCUUAUCUGGAAGCUUUCUAUAAGUUUUGCUCCAACCUGGGAGGAACCACAGCUGACACCAUGUGUCCUAUUCUGGAGUUUGAAGCUGACAGGAGGGCCUUCAUCAUCACCAUCAACUCGUUUGGCACUGAGCUGUCCAAGGAGGACCGCGCUAAGCUCUUCCCCCACUGCGGGAAGCUCUACCCAGAAGGCCUUGCUCAGCUGGCCCGGGCAGAUGACUACGAGCAGGUCAAGGCUGUCGCAGAUUUCUAUCCUGAGUACAAGCUGCUAUUUGAAGGUGCCGGCAGCAACCCAGGAGACAAGACACUGGAGGAUCGCUUCUUUGAGCAUGAGGUGAAGCUCAACAAGCUGGCUUUCCUCAACCAGUUCCACUUUAGUGUUUUCUACGCCUACGUCAAGCUGAAGGAGCAGGAGUGCAGGAACAUCGUGUGGAUCGCAGAGUGCAUCGCCCAGCGGCACCGUGCCAAGAUCGACAACUACAUUCCCAUCUUUUAAUCGUCCCCUUCCAUCAUUUCACUCCGCCUCGCGUCUUGAACAGUGUGUCCAGUCACAGCUCGGUGUUAAAGGUUCUGUUGGUCUGAUGCUGCGUUUCCUCCAUUCUUUACCUGUAGGUGUGAACGGUUCUUGCCCUUGUUGACCAGUCAGGCUCAUUAUCGCUUUUAACUGAAUUCAGAGAAGAUGCUGCUGCUUGUUUUUGUUUUCUUCAGUGUAAUAUGUAAAACAAGUGAUUUGACUUUCAAACAUGCCCCAGUCAGACGCUCGCUGUUGUUUUAUGGUCCCAUGCUAUUUUCCACAUGUUCACGUUCUAAGACCAGGAUGUAACCCAACAGCUAAAAGUCAGAAAAGUUUAGCAAAGUAAACUCCAGCAGCCCUUUGGUGGAUUGAGGCACAUAAAACACACAGACCAGACCCAACCCAGUAAAACGACAGCUUCACCUCAUACGACCUUCAUCCUCCAGGUCAACAUAGGCAUUUCCUUCCUCUGUUCAGCAUCAGUCACCAUCAGCUUCCAGAGAAGCCCUAUUUAUUUCUGUGUUAGUGCUAUGUUUUGUGUGCGUCAGGUCAUUGCUGUGAUUUUCCCCAAAAAACAUGAAACAUUUGAUUGGUCUCAAGUAGAUUACUGAAACGAAACGACCGCGUCGGCACCGUCCCUGCUCAUGUGUGAAGUGUCUGUAAAUGAACGUUACUGGAAUGAAGCAAAACCUUGAGUGUAAAACAAACUAUAAAAUUAUAUAGAGAUAUUUAAAGAUGAUUUCUUUUUCUCAUGCUGUAAAAAUUGAUUUUAUCUGUUUCUUACUUGUGAAAUGUGUAAAUGUGACAGAAAUAAAGCAUUAACUGCUUUAA